AGGGGAACACUCUACUGUGCCUCUCGGAGUGUGCAGAAGUGUUCAGCUGUGAACUCAGAACAAGGCAAACAGGUUCAGCCACUCUGUGGUAUUUUCAGCAGUGACAUUAUGGCGGCAGCAGCUCCUGAUGAUGAUUUCAAUAUAUCAGAAUACAGCAACUCUGACUUUGAGGACUUGUCUGAGCUGAGGGUUGUUCUGCUGGGGAACAACUGGUCUAAGAGGAGUUCAGUGGGAAACUCCAUACUGGGAGUGACUGUGUUCAAGACUGAGGAAAAAGCAGACCUCUGUCUGAGAGUCAAAAGACAGCUGAAGGGCAAAGAAAUUGAUCUCAUCAACACUCCAGAUCUGCUGUCACCUAAAAUCUCCCCAGAAGAGCUGAAGAAACAAGUUGAAAAUUGUGUGAGGCUCUCUGCUCCUGGACCUCACAUGUUCCUGCUGGUCAUCCAGCCUGCAGACUUCACUGAGGAUCAGAAAAACAAGCUACAAACAGUCCUUGAAUUCUUUGGUGACCCAAAAUUUGAUCAUUCUCUGCUACUGAUCACACCCAAAGACAAGAGUUCAAGUUCAGUUGAAAAGUACCUGCAACACCCACAGUUAGGAGACAUAAUCAGAAAAUGUAGUGACAAAUUGUUGUGGCAAAAGAACCUGGAACAAAAGCAGCUGUUGGCAGCCAUAGAUACAGUGGUGAAGAAGAACAAGGGUGAGGAUGUUUCGAAUGAGGAUACAUCUGUUUCCCACAGUGAUUAUCAAGAAGAAAAAAUCGCUGACAUCUUGGAUCCUGUGAGGGGUGCACAUGAGCUCAGGAUAAUGCUGUUUGGAAAAAGUGAGGACAAAAAAUCAGCUCUGGAAAACAUCAUCAUUGGGAAAAAAAGGUCAAUUGUGUCCAAAGUCUUCGCAGGAAAGCAAUGUCGUGCUUCCUCUGGAGAGUGGAAUGGGAAACCAUUAACAGUAGUAAAAACUCCAUACAUCUUCAACCUGCCUGUGGAAACACUGUUUGAUGUGAUCAAGAGCUGUGUGGGUCUCUGUCCUCCUGGACCAAACGUUCUGCUGCUGUUAGUGAAACCUUCUGAAUUCACUGAGAAGAACAGAAAAACUCUGAAUUUGGUCCUGAGCUUGUUUGGACAAGAUGCCUUUAAACACUCCAUGGUCAUCAUAACACACAAUGAGAAAGGGAAUGACUCAGUGGGAAAACUCAUCCAAGAAUGCAACCAAAAGCAGCACAUCAUCAGUUUUGACAAAAAGGAUUCUUCUAAAAAUGAUUCAGAACUGAUGCAAAAAAUGAACAAAAUAGUGAGUGACAACUGGGGAGAAUAUCUAAUGCUAAAAGAAGAGGCCAAACCCUUGAAUCUGAAAUCCAAUGUCAACCUGGUUCUGUGUGGGAGGAGAGGAGCAGGGAAGACCUCAGCAGUCAAGGCCAUUUUAGGUCAGACUGAGCUUCAUUCAGUCUCCAACUCAGAGUGUGUUAAACAUCAGGGAGAGGUGUGUGGACGCUGGGUUUCCCUGGUGGAGCUGCCUGCCUUGUAUGGAAGACCUGAGGAGACAGUGAUGGAGGAAUCACUCAGGUGUAUCUCUCUCUGUGAUCCUGAGGGUGUGCAUGCCUUCAUCCUGGUACUACCUGUGGCUCCUCCCACUGAUGAAGACAAGGAAGAGUUAGAGACCAUCCAGAACACGUUCAGCUCUCAAAUCAAUGCCUUCACCAUGAUUCUGUUCACUGUGGAGUCAGAUCCUACAGAUCCAGCUGUUGUUAAACUUCUUAAUGAAAACAAGGACAUCCAGGAGCUCCGUGGGAGCUGUGGAGGAAGAUCUGUUAUUCUCAACAUCAAGAACAAACAGCAGAUCCCAGAGAUGUUUGAGGUUCUGGACAAAAUUAUCCAGCCCAUGGGCAAACCAAACUGUUAUACAACUACAACAUUUUUACAUGCACAAAUGGAGAAAGUCUUACAACUUGUCAGUGGUGAUCAAGAUGGAGACCAGGGCUCAGACUGUCUCAGGAUUGUGCUCAUUGGGAAGACUGGCUGUGGAAAGAGCUCUACAGGAAACACCAUUAUAGAAAGAGACGAGUUUAAAGCAGAAUCCAGUCAAAUGUCGGUCACUAAACGUUGUCAGAAAGCACACGGUGAGGUGGACGGUCGUCGUGUUGCUGUGGUCGACACCCCUGGUCUGUUUGACACAACUUUGUCGAAUGAAGAGGUUCAUGAAGAGUUGGUGAAAUGCGUCAGUCUUCUGGCUCCAGGACCACAUGUCUUCCUGUUAGUGAUGCAUAUUGGCAGGUUCACAGCAGAGGAGAAGGAAACACUGAAGCUCAUUAAAAAAUUCUUUGGGAAGAAUUCUGAAAAGUUCACCAUCAUCCUGUUAACAGGAGGAGAUACCCUGGAGUAUGACAAAGUCUCCAUAGAAGACUACAUCAAGAAAAAAUGUGAUACUUCCUUUAGGAGACUGAUCACUGACUGUGGAGAUAGGUACCACGUGUUCAACAACCGUGACAGACAAAACCACAAACAGGUCAGUGAGCUGAUAACAAAGAUCGAUGCUGUGGUGAAGGAAAAUGGAGGCUGCUGCUUCACCAAUAAGAUGCUGCAAGAGGCUGAAACUGCGAUAAGGAAGGAGAUGCAGAGGAUUCUAAAGGAGAAGGAAGAAGAGAUUGAGGAACAAAAGGCAGAAUUUGAAAGAAAACAUAAGGAAGAAAUGGAAGCCAUGAAGAAACGAAUGGAUGAAGAGAGAGAAAAGGAGAGGAUACAGAGAGAAAAAGAACUCGACAAAAUGAGAGAUAAAAUUAGGGAAGAAGAAGAGGAAAGAAAGAAAGAACAGGAAAUCAGGGAAAAGGAGAAAAGGGAAAAAGAAACUGAAGAAGAAAGACGUCGACAAGAAUUCAAAAGAGAACUUGAAAUGUUGGACAGACAAAUUCAGGAAGAAAAAGAGGCAAAGGAAAGUGUUGACAGAGAGCUGGAAGAGACCAGAGAAGAGAUGAGGAGAAAACAAGAGGAGUGGGAGAAGGAACAGAGAGAAUGGUGGGAGAAACAAAGACGAGAAGACGAAAAGAGGCGAGAGGAGGAGAAAGAAAAAAUGAAAAAGCUGCAGGAAAAUUACAAUCAAGAAAAACAAAAAUAUGAAAAAAACAAAGAACAAGAGGAUCAAAAAAGAAGAGAACAGGAAAUAAAAGAGUUAGAAGAAAAGAACCAGAGAGCCCUGGAAGAUCUAAAGAGAAAACAUGAAGAGGAAGCCAGAAAGAGAGCCGAAGAGUUCAACAAAUCCCAGAAGAAACAUAUGGAGGAGAUAGCAGCUCAGAGGGAAGAACAUGAGAAGGAAAUGUAUGACCUCGUGAAUCGUGUGACCAGAAAGACUGAAAACUUGAGAAAGAUCAAAAUUUUAAUGCAAAAACAUGAAAAACAACUGAAGAAUGUGAAAAAUGAGGAGGAAAAUGAAGACCUCCAGGAAAUACAUAAAGAUGAAUUAAGUGAGUUGAUGCAAGAAAUCUUGAAUGAAGAGAUCAGCGACACGUCAGCCUGCAGCAUUUUAUGAAGAGAAACUUUAUCAGAUUUGCUUUUUUUUCCUACCAUUUGGAAACUUUAAAGACACACAGAUUUGUUGUUCUGCAUGUUUUACACAUCAUGACCACAGAGCAUUCAUCUGAUUGGACAUCAUCUAAAACAUCAGAUCCACAUAAACACAGUGACACACAGAAGUCUCACCAUUAAACCACAGGUCACCAUACCAGCAGUAAUAAAGCUGCUGACUCAGACUGGUUAAACCAGCUCAUCCCACUGAAUAGUUAUUAGUUAUUACUAGUAGCACAUGUGGAACCAGCAUGUGGCAGUUGGCAGUUAUCACCUCGUUAAUGUCAGUAAAUCCACCAUUGCUUCCAUCAGGCUGGUCAGAGUUUCUCAAGUUUCACAUUUUCAUGCAGUCACAUGGUUUGAAUUCAAAUGCACUCAUCAACAACGUAAGAAGCACGUUCCAAAUCUCAUUUUGAAUCUUACCACAACAUUUACCACCAGAUUGUGUUCCUGAGUUGUAACAGCAUUUUCUGCUUAUAACCAUCAUUUUAAUUCAUGAUUAAUUUACACUAUAAGUAAAAUUUGCCAUUUAAUAAAUGAUUUUCUUUUCUGUUUUUUUAAUGUAAGUUUAAUAGAAUCCGUAUUUGACAGUAAUUUUUUUUGUUUGUCUUUUAGAUUGAUGCUGAGUGCUAUUUGAUUUCUGAUAUAUUGUUUUGUUCUGGUUUUGUUGGGAUUGUAUGUGUCACUAGUA